AAGUAGAGACAUCUAUGAAGUACUACGAAAACUACGAAGGGGCUUUCCGCUAAGUGAUAAAUAUUUCCCAAUAAUCUCAUCCUCUCAUCUUAGUUGAGUAACAUUUCCCUAAUAUUUUGGCCGAUCGUUUCAUGGUUUCAUCUUAGUUAAAAUGGAAGAUACUUUGUUUCAACUUCGAUUUUGUGCUAAGCAGUUAGAAAGACUGAGCAAGAAGGCAGAAAAAGAACAAGCUGUCCAACAAGGUAAAAUUAAAAAAGCCCUUCAACAAGGGAAUGUUGAAGGGGCCAAGAUUUAUGCAGAAAAUGCAAUUCGUAAAAAGAAUGAAGCCCUAAAUUUCUUAAGAAUGGCCUCAAAGGUAGAUGCAGUUCGUUCCAAGGUUCAAACUGCAGUAACCAUGAAAGAAGUUGCAAAGAAUAUGGGAAUGGUUGUAAAAGCAUUGGAUAAAGCUGUCAACACAAUGGAUCUCCAAAAGAUUUCAGCUGUGAUGGAAAAGUUUGAAAGUCAAUUUGAAGAUAUGGAUGUUAGAACUUCAGUCAUGGAGGACGCAAUGGGUUCUGCAACAACUUUAACAACUCCUAGAGACCAAGUUGAUCUGUUGAUACAACAAGUUGCUGAUGAAGCUGGACUCGAAAUAACUGAUCAGUUGGCCAAUGCUGGUUCUAUUCCCUCUGCCAUUGGAACUCCAUCAGCCUCUGUUGCUUCUAGUACAAAUGAAGAUCAACUCUCUCGGCGAUUGGCAGCUUUAAGACAAUAAGCUGUUAAAAAUGCUUCACAUUUACUGAAAAUUUGCCUUGGAUUCCUUUUCAACCCUUCCUGAAGGUUUUUAAUCAUGAGUGAUCAAACCAAUAUUUGAAAAUAGGAGCCCUAAUUUCUUAUGUACAUUAUGAUUUACACUAUUAUACACCAUAUGGCUCCAGUAUGCCCGCUAACUCA